GAGACAGAUGGAACACUUGAAUAGACCUCUGUUUAAGUUAGCUGUUUUGAAAACGCAACGCAUAAAGACCUAUACGCACUGUGAUAAAACAAGCAAAACGAAGAUAUAAAAUGGUACGAUGAUAUCUUACGUAAGAGAUUUUUUCAUUUUCCUUCUCCUUUCUGCCAGCUCUAAGCAAAAAUGUCAGAAUAAUAAUACAGAUGAAAACUGUACAUUGGAUAUUCUACGUUGCACAGAAAAUAUUACAAUACCACAGACAGAUUAUUCCUGUGUUCUGUCUAAUAAAGAUUUUACUGGAUGCAAAGACUUGAAAAUGAAACACACAUAUACAUCUCAAGUACAAAUAUGUGAUAAUGGCGAAAUUGAUGAAGAGAAAGUCCAACGUAUCUGUGGAGAUGUAUUUCGACAAAAAGAAAAAUGUCUUGUUACUGUGAAGGCUUUAGAUUUGUCAAACAAUAAACUUUCAUUACAAAACUGUGAGAUGUUUAAUGGGCUAAUCGAACUGGAAAAUCUCAACUUAGCUGGAAACGUUUAA